GUGUGUUAUUUAAACCUUAGCUUCUAAUUGGUUACUCAAAGCUGAGCGCGUGCGCUUCGAAUCAACUUAACCCUUAAGAGACUCGGCCAGCCAAGUUACUCCUGCAAAGGGAAAGAAAUGACGAUGUAGAGAUUUCUGAGAUUGUUUGAAAUUUGGACUCAACUAUAAAAGAUAUUGAAUGAAAUAGAUGACACUUGACACAUGGAGAUGAAUAUGUACAAUCUUACAAUGGGCAGCAGUAGUUUCCACCAAACACAACCGUUUGAUCGGAAAGAGUUCAACGACUGGAAACAGUCGAAAGUCGUCGACCUUGCUCCGGUGAUCGUUCUUGACGUACUCUACAUGCUUUUUGGUGUCGUCGGCAACUCUAUCGUCUGCUACGUCUGUUACUUCCGGAUGCCCCGCAACGUCAUCAACAGCUUCGUUAUGGCCUUGGCCUUGGUCGAGCUGCUGGGAUGUGUGUUCACCAUUCCAGUCGACAUCACGGAGAUAAUCAACUCUUACAGUUUCGGCUUCGCUGCAUUAUGCAAGGCGGAGCGAUACAUGCGGAAGUUCGUCGUCUUCUCCAGCGGAUGUAUCCUCAUCGCCAUAGCCACAGAGCGGUACCAGCGGAUUGUGAAGCCGUACAGCCGUCACGUGACAACGAUGGUUGAGUUCCGCUGUGCCAUCAUCGGUGCGGUAAUGGUUUCUGCGAUUGUGGCUGUCCCUGAGGCCAUACUUGCUGGCAACGAAACAGUUCUCACCCCUUAUGGUAAAGGCGUGAUCUGCUCGACGUACAACGCAGACAGCUUCCGUCAUACUGUUCUCCCUAAAAUCUGGGGAUUGACUUGUGUUUUAAUUUACGUAUCUUGUACUACGGCCAUCGGAGCGAUAUAUUUUGCAAUCGCUUCAAAAAUAUGGAAAAGAAAUAAGGUCAAAACGGACCAGCGGUCAAAGUCUUUCACGCCUGACACUACCUUACAGAGGAGAGUUCGAUGCGACAACACCACCACCUUAGCCAACAAGCCGAAAACGUCUGACAUAUUUUACACUUACGCAUCGAAAUUCCCAACACAGACAAGGGAAGGGAACUGCAACUCGACAUACUUACACAGCGAUCAAAUUAGAUCAGUUGUUCAAGGUGUACCUGAAUGUAACUCUUCCGCUUCUGAGGAUUUAAAGCUUAAGAGAGGACCUUGGGAUACUGGAAAAGGAGAAGACGUUUUUAAUGCUGAAAACCAGACGUACAGAUUUUCAGUCAUCAUCGAGAAUAGCGACAAGGUCCCUCUUGGUCAGAGAAAGCGGCGAGACGAACGAUGUGUCCCGCAGCAAGAGGGCAGAUCCAGGUCCGCAUUGUUUCUUGAUGAGUUAAUACGCAGCUUGAGCCACUUGGGGCAUCGCCGUCACGCUGACCACCACUGCCCAAAGGAACCACAGGAGACAUUCCAGACCCUGAGUCCUUUAGGCAGUUUGCGCCGCAAGCCUGGCUACUCGAGGAAGAGGACAACCUUUAUCAUGUUCAUCAUGACGCUAACCACGGUGUUCAGUCACCUACCCCACAUCGCUGUCAUGGCGUAUACGCUGGCGCAUCCAGGAAUAGAUGUUCGCUUGUCGCCUGACUUUUCUGUUCUGUUCAAGAUCAUGUGGAACUCGUAUUUCAUCAGCCUGGCCACGCAUCCAUUCGUUUAUGGCUUCUGGAACGGUCGCUUCAAGCAUGCUCUCUUCACCCUGUUCACCGGAUUUUCCCGAAAGAGGCUUAGAACCAAAGAACCGCGGGAAAGCAUUAGUUCCAACAGAGAAAGCUAAUAACUAUUGAGGGCAUUUGCUUGUAAGACUAAAAUAUAUAAGCGAAAUCAGACAUUAAAGAAAAGCUUCAAACAUUGCUUUAAUCGCCCUGUUCACCGGAUUUUCCCGAAAGAGACUUAGAACCAAAGGACUGCGGGAAAGCAUUAGUUCCAACAGAGAAAGCUAAUUACUAUUGAGGGCAGUUCCUUGUAUGACAUAAAUAAAUAUAUGCGACAUCAGACAUUAAAAGCUUAUGGCUUCUGGAAAGGUCGCUUCAAACAUGUUCUAUUCAACUAUUCACUGGUUCAUGCCGAUGACAACUAUU